CGAAUAUUCUAUUUUCGUAGAAUGAAUAUGAAGUCGACACAGUCACCGGUUGCGGCAGUCGAACACUGUCGUUUAAAUAGAUAUUUUUGCUUCUAGUUGCCGGUUGCUUGAAAGCAACACAUGACACACGUUUGCGCGGCGCCUAAUUGUAGACUAAGCUGCUCAGAUUCAUCACAAUGCCUUUUGCGGGAGCUACCCCAAUAAUGGAAGAAAAGGAUCUGGUACAACGAGGGAACACGCUUCAAGUGAAAUUCGCUGUCACCAACUAUAACACACCGUUCGCGACGAAAACUAGCCCUGAAUACGUUAUCAGUGGUGCGGCCAUCUUUCAGGUCAAAGUGAUCGCUGCCCAAGUGAACAAUGGUCACACAAAUAUUUACAACAACUUGAUCUUCAUCAAAUUCCAAAAACAACGACAAGACGACGAACUUUCGUACUCAAUUAAGUUCUCGAGCAACGAAUUUGGUGUCGUAGACAAAAAUUUCGUCAGCGACGAUGGGACUUGGCAUUUAGUGCAUGAUAAUAAGAAGCAACAGUAUACUUUCGAUGUCGACAUUCACAUGGACAUACUUCCAAACUCGAGUUCUUUCGCUACUCUUCACGGUGAUGUGGAAUUGACGGACAUCGAGUUGCGUGGGGAAGACGGAUCCGUCCGCAUACACAAAGCAGUUUUGGCUGCAUCCAGUCCUGUACUUCGUAGAAUGUUUGGGGGCACUUGGAGAGAAACAACCGAAGGUCAUGUCGAUGUGGCAGGAACAUCGAAAGCUACUUUGCAACAUCUCAAAGAUUACGUUUAUUUGCACAUUUUGCCCGAAUCGGGAUUGGAGCAGCUUUUGUUGUUAGCUUCCUAUUACAUAAUGCCAGAUUUGGAACAGAAGUGUGUGGACAAAUUGGUGAACAGUUUGACGGCGCAGAACGCUUGUGAGCUUUUGGAAUUUGCUGCGAAACAUAAAAUAAUGAGAUUGUUGCUUGCUAUACUCGAGUGUGUGCAAAGUGGUGCGGUAAAGGUAAAUGAUAUGCGUGACUAUUUCAUGCGCGGAGAGUGACGUCUGCGCGUUAGUGUUUGAUACACAAUCAGACUAUAAAUUUAAUAUAAUAAUUAAAAAUAACAAGCUUUGAUUGUCUAACAUACAAAACAAGGUUUAUUUGGAUCCUGAUCAACUUGCAUAUAGCCCACUGCUUUGCAACUGGGCUCGUCCAGGGUCGGAUGCGGGUCUGACCAAUUUGCCGCGACUCUAGAGUAAGAACUGUAGCCUCUUGCGGCGGUUAUACUAAUAUAUAUCUGAAUGCUGUAGAGCCAUGUGAACACUUGUCUGUCUGUCAUUGUUUGGGAUAAGCACUGAUCGGAUAGAAAAAUAGGGUACUUAAUUUGCCGCCCUUCAGAUAUUGCCCCAGUGGGCGACAGCCCAAGGUGGUCACUACAAAGAUCUAGAAUUAGAUCUCAAGAAAACCCUUCUCUAUUGCAUGUAUGAAACUAUGCGACCUAUUAUUAUUUCAACAUUACUAUUUUUCAGGUAAUGUGUCCUCCUUGCAUUUAAAUAUUAAAAUAUAUUUUUUUUC